GUUUUUACAGAAUGCUGACUAACGAAAUAAUUACUUACCUACAUUAGGAACUGAGAUUUAGUUAUGUAAUUUGAAAUUAUAACUCUUCAAGCUGGGAGGAAAUGAUCAUGUGACGCACUUUCUUGAUGUGCGGAAAAUGCAAGAAGUCAGCGAACAUACGAGUGGCAUCUUACUUCCACUGAGUUUUGUUUCAGUGCCGUCGGCAGAAGAUGGAUUCGUAUCAUUACGUCAACAGUCUGGAUUAAUAGGGGAAGAUGAAACGCCAGCACAGACUUCGGAAAAUUGGCGCAGUAAAGCCAUUCGACGGAAACUUUCCAAAUUAAAAGAACUUGUUCUGUUUGUUGGAGGUCUCCCAAAAAACUUGGACAAAUCGGAUUACAUAAAACGGUUGUCUUUGUUUUCUUCGAAAAGAGAGGAUGCCUGUAUUGGACCAAUAUUUCCAGAUCAAGGAUGUGUUUUCAUCAGCUUUACAAGUGGAAUGGCGGCGGCAGCAAUGGUCCGAUCACUGCAUGAACGUAAAAUCUUCGGGCGGAUGCUGAAUUUAAUAUUUCUACCCUUCAUCAGCGUACCCACUGGAUCACCCACUUUCGAUCCGUUAUUGGUGUUUAUCAAUUCAAAAAGCGGAGGCGGACAAGGAAAACAGGUCUAUGAUAUGAUGAAAGGACAACUCAAUAAAAAUCAAGUUUUUCUUCUAGAAAUGGGUGGACCCAUGCCAGGGUUAUACGCAUUCCGAAAACUACCACGAUUUCGUAUCUUGGUUUGUGGGGGCGACGGUACCGCAGGAUGGGUUUUGUCUGCCCUAGAACAACUUCACAGACAUCUUACAUGUAAAACACCACCCAUUGCCGUUUUGCCCCUCGGGACUGGAAACGAUUUGGCAAGAGUUCUAGGAUUUGGAUCAGGUUGGAGUGGCGAAAGCAUGACAGCUGUUCUUGGACAGGUUCAAGAAGCAAAUCCUGUUCGAAUGGACAGAUGGACGAUAUUAUUUGAUACUCAGCCAGAAUCACCUUCUACCACAUCGUCAACGAAGCAUCAGAAAAACUCAAACAAACCUACAGAAGAUCAUGCGCACAACAAUAAUCUGCAAAAUCAACAAACUGGAAAACAACAAAACGGACUGGUCAACGGACAUAAACCGCUUCAACGUACUUGUAAAGCUGAUCCACGAAGAUCGAGAGUCAAUAUUAUUAUGGGAUUAGGAGACCAUGUUGAGUGGAAAACUGCAGAUAAAUUUUUAUCACCUACUGAAGAAGAACCUGAAAAUUUAAACACUUCCAACAAUCUCAAUUCACAGUUGGUAAAUGGUGACAAUCAUGGCAUCAAGCCCAUGCCACCUGACACCGAUUCGAUGCCACUAGAAUCUGACAUAGCUCCUAAAGCUCAUCAAGAAGUUGAAAAUGAGAUUGCUCAAAAACAAAACAAUGGUGACAGCAAAUCAGAACAGAGCGACACCACCUCGGUGCCACAUGACACCAUCGUGGUACCAGAGGAAAGGGAAGUAGCUCAGGACUCAGAUAAGGAAAUAAAAGUUGAAUCAAGUGAAUUGCAAACUGUUUCCGAAACAGAAACAAUAAUGUCUGACAACAGCUCACUGCCACCAAAAAAUGAUUUAUUUUCUGAGGCAAACAAGGAAAUAAAAAGUGAAUUAAACUCUCAUCAUGGUUCCAAUGGCACCGAGUCAUCCCUUAGUGACACUGAUGCCAUGCCACAGAUGACCAAUUCGAUGCCUCCGAUGCAGAAUCAAGAAGAAAACAAACGUGAAACAAAUAACAGUGACGACAAUGAUUCAGAAGGCUUAGAAGAAAGAUUUACAUCCGAUUUAAGCUUGGAAGAAUUUAAAUUUAAAGCAUCUACCGAUGAUAAAGUAAAUACUGUCGAAAAUAAAGAAACUAUGAGUGAGAAUUCACCAGUUACAAAAAAGAAAAAUGAAAGUUCUGUGAAAGAUUCUCAACGUAAAUCCGCUCACAGGAAACUUCAAAUUCUUAGUUCAAGUGAUAUUUUGGAAGACAACGACACGAUGCCUUUCGGUCCUCUCCGUCAAUUAAGCCACAUUUCAAGGUGCGAUAGCAUCGAGUCGAUGGGCGAUUUAGAAGAAUGUGACAAUCCUGACUCAAUGUCCGCUAUUCCUGAUGAAUAUAUUGCUAAACAAAAAGCGGAAGAAGAUUUGGUCGAGAUAUUACGAUCAGAAUUACCAGAUAUCGUCAACGAUAAACAAAAAUUAAUGACUCUAUUAACGAGUGAUAAUGCUGAUUCGGAACUCGAUAAAAUGAUUAAAACGUCUCAGCUUGAAGAUGAUGAAAUAGAACAGUCAGCAUUGACCGAAAAUGUUAUGCCACUGUUAGAAGGAGAUGCCUCCAAUAUAGGAAAUGAUUUGGUCAACACUUCUACCACAGCAAACUUAUAUAAUUGCGAUAGGCGAUACAGUGAUGAUCCUCGGCAAAGAGCAGUUACUUCGUUAGAGGAUACUGGCAGAAAUCGAGGUUACAAAAAGAAAAUGUCAUUGCCAUUGAUAACAGAAAAUAACCUUUUUUACAAAACGUCAAAUGAUGGCCUGACGGAAAUUGAAGAAGAAGAAACACCUGUCUCUGCACCAUCAGGGCCGAAAGUAGUAACAAUGAAUAAUUAUCUUGGAAUUGGAAUCGACGCCGAAGUCAGUCUUGCGUUUCAUAUUGCUAGAGAGGAAAAUCCAGAAAAGUUCUCAAGCAGAUUGCAUAAUAAAGCAGUAUAUUUAAAGGCUGGUUUGAAGAAAUUAGCAACGAGAUCAACAUCGUUAAAUAACGUCGUAGAUUUAGAAGUCGAUGGUCAAAAGCUUCCUCUUUCUUCUUCAAUAAAAGGACUCAUUUUUUGCAACAUUUCAAGCUGGGGAGGUGGUGGAAAUGCAUGGGGUUCAAGUGUGAGCAGGAGAUUCAAAAACCCAUCCAUGGGUGAUGGGUUACUUGAAGUUGUCGGUGUUGGUGGAGUGGCACAUAUGAGUCAAAUGUACAGCGGAAUCAGAAAUGGCUUCCGUAUUGCUCAGGGUGAAUACAUAAGACUACAUUUAAAAUCUGAGUUGGCAGUUCAAGUAGACGGAGAACCCUGGUUACAGCCACCAGGACAAAUUAUCAUCACUGUGUCAGCUUUGCAGGUUAUGAUGUUAAAAAGACAGAAGAAGAAGACAAGGUGAAGCAUUUUCAGAAAAUCGAAAGUGAAUCAAAUUAAAUCUAUGAGUGAUCGUAAGUCAACAAAUUGAUAGAAGACACAUGCAGCAAAUGUACGAAGAUGAUACAAAAUGUUAACACUUGAUCAUAAUAGGAAGAUUAAACUCAGAUUCAAAAAUAUUUUGCAAACGAAUGAAAAAUGCGGAUUGGUACAUCAAAAAAAAAAACUCUUUGUUUCAAGUAACGAGAAAAAAUAUGCCGACUGCUGAUGCAUGACCUAUAUAUUUUAAUAAUAGUAUGGUAACACAGUAUAUUUUAGUACUGAAAAACUAGAAUUGCUAUAUAACUCACAAUCUGGAUUGCAUGAUUCAAUGUUCUUAUUAAAAUUUUCUCAUUGACAUAAUGUGAAUACUCGGUACUCCGGUAUGUGUUAGGGUUAUGCCAUAAUUUCAGGUACAAAUACUACGGAAGUCACUUGGCUAGUCCCCGAACUCGUAAUAGGACUAAAAUCAGGAAAAUUUGUACUUGAAAUUAUAGCCUAACCCUAACCUGGUACACAUACUAUGUUCCGGUGUUCGCCAUCUUAGUUUGCAUACUACAGGAGUGCCGAAUAAUCUAUUUAAAACGAAAAACUGAUUUUAGUCUUGUUUAAGUCUAUAUUUGGGAUCUUUGUUCACUAAAAUUAUUAGAAAGGAUUAUAUGUUGCAGGUUUUAAAUUGAUGUUCCAUGUCAUGCACUUAUUAGUUAGUUAAUUGAGAGAUAAAAAUAAUUGUUUUGAUUUUAGUGGGACUGUAGAAUAUUUUGCUUAAUUGGGUACAUUUGUUGCAAAAAUACUACAUUUUUUUUUCUUUUUUUUUUCUGUUUUUUCCAUCUCCCUAUCAGUUUUUAGAUGGCCAUACAGCCACUGUAAUUAUUUUCCCAGGAAAUUCAAGUGACAAUUGUCAGGAAUAUAAAUUCCCUUCUAUAAAAUAUCUUUAUUUUGUUUUUAAUGAUAUCACAAUAAGCUAGAAGAACUUGUAACUAAAUACUUUAUAAAUUUUUCCACCAUUUCGAAAAAUAAAAAAUCAAUUAUGGAAAAAAUUCUUGAAUGAGAUUUCGUUCAAGGUUAACAAGAUCCUUUAACGACUAUACUCUCAAGUUUCAAUGCAUGAAACAAAAGUUUCUCGAAAACUUAUCAUGAUCUGCGCACAUAUAUAUGUCAUAACGUAACCGUGGCUGUUGUAAGCCUUAAUUACUGUAAUUAAAACAGAAAUAGAAAUCACAGGUGCAUCAUAAUUUGAAGUUUAAUGUAGCGUAUUGUUCAUAGACUACAUUUGAUGUGGCUCGCACACUACCGGAAAUGUGUAUAUUUGGCCCAGUGGUACAUAAAGUUUGCCGACCAUUGUUUAGAUCUAUUGUAAGAUAUUUUUCCCACCCUUGUUAUAUAACAUACAAUAUAUUCUGAUAAUAUUUUGAAUUUAACUUCAAUCACAGUAUGUGAAGAUACGUGCAGAAAGACCCUUUUCACUCUUUUGCUGGCCGGGUAGUAUGAUAGUCCAGUAUAUAAAGACUAUUUUAUAUUUUACUAAUAGUAAAACUGACCUUUUUAAUUUUGAAUAUAUUUUUUCAUUCAGGUUUUAUUCGUACAUAUCGGCAUAAGUGUUUUAACUGUAUGGAAGUGCACUACAUAUUUUUCUCUAUGUGAUUAGUUUUCAUAGUACUACUGUUAUUGAAACAUCCCAUCAGUCAUAUGCACCAUACUGCUGUGUGAUGUAGGUAUUAUAUUGAUGUGGGCCGGACGUACUGACUGACGUAUUGACUGUUAUAUACUAUAAGAGUUUCAUAAGAAGCAUGUAAUUCAUUUAUUAAAAAUUUCCAAAUUUCAGCCCCGAUUCAACCUCUGGCUUUUCCAAAUUAUAAUUAAACAUUACCUUGAUUUUGAGGCAAUUUGGUUCCAGAUAGAAAAAUGUCAUUCAACCUGAUACAAUAAAGAACUGUUCUUGAUCCAUAUAAUACCAGUUCACUGUGGUAUAGGCUGUGAACAUGUAUCGAAAUCUUGAAAUAGAAUAUGAUAUCUUAUAAAUCGGGUUUUCAACAUAAUUGCAAUAUUUUGAUUUUUAUCCAGUACUGCUGCAUUUAAAUAUUUUUUUGUUUUUUAUUGAGCUUAUAAGAAGCUCUUUCGUGAUACUAAGAUUUAUUGUUCCACUGAUUAUUGAACUACUUAUUGAAAACAAAGAAUUUCUUGUUGUAAUUCGCAUCUCUUGUCAAUUUCUACUGUCAUUUUCUGCUAUAAAUCGCUGCAUUUGAACUUUUCGUCAUCUUGAUGGCGAUCGUAGGUUUUCUUCUGUCAGAGUAUGUGGUAUGUUCUACCUCUGUCAAUGAGAUUCACCAUUCAAUUUGCUCUAUGAUAAUGAAAAUUGUACAGUAAAUUCUUGGAACAGAUAACAUAUUUCUUAGCUAAAUUCAAUGCUUAACUGAAGGUAUGUACAACUAACUCAUGACAAGAUGAUUUAAAUAAUUUCACCGUUGUUGCGCAAUAUUGCGCAAUCCAUGUGAGAAUCUAAUCAGGAGCCCCUAAUUGGUAGUUCCGUUGCUAUGACCUUGCUUGAAUCUGAGAUUCAUAAUCUUCAGACUAUUUGGUAUCUUCAUCUAGGACUUUUGAAAUCUCUUUGUAGGGUUUAUUUUUCGCCAACUUCUCACUGUCUUGUGUGUAAAUUAUAUACAGACUAAUAUUUUUCUGAAUUACAGAUGGUUGUAAAGUUGAUUUUAUGUUUUACAACCUUACAUGUUUUACAAAUAAAGUGAUGAAAAGUUAUAUAUUUAAUUGCCCAUAAACUUCCAUUAACUGCAAUCCUUCGUACUAAUAUAUAUGAAUGUUUUCAUGAUAAAUUCGUUUUGUUUAUAUUUUUGUGAUUAUAUUGUUUUAAGCGCAUGUGAUGGAAAAAUAUCAUUCAAUGGCACACUGUUUUUUAUUCUAUUUUAUGUGAUUGUACGAAAAUGUUCGCUGCUACAAAUUUUUAUUGAUAAAUUGUUAUUAUAUUAAUUGUUUGUUUUAAUUGUUUUUUGAUUCUUACUAUUUCCAUUACCACAAACUAUAUAUUAUAGUUCGUUGUUUGUGUUGUUGUGCAAGAACUUGCCAUAAAAACUGUUUGGCGUGGAAA